UCAAUUAAUGUACCAGUAUGCCAUUGGCUGAAAUCUUGAUAUUAAUAUGAUAAGCACUGUGUUUUGGUAAUUAGACGGCGGCCCAAAGUCGCCGUCUUUUGGGAUAAAUGUUUACCAUUUCAAUGGACAAGGGUCUAGGGAUAUUUUUUUAUAUUGUAAACAAUAUUGUUAAUACUAUUACUAUUAAUAAUAUUAUUUAGACUGGUCGCUGGUCAGACAUAAUGGUCAUUUUAUCUUUGUCAAAAUUGAAAACUCGCUACAUAUUCAUGUGCAUGGCUGUUGGAAAUUUCAACAGUAAGUAAUACAGGGUAUAAGUCUGUAGUUUACUGCAAAGCUAUACAUUCCAGGCAAUUGAGCACAUUUAGCCAUAAUGCAGACAUUACGUAUAGGGUGAAGGAAGACCUUUAUGCGAUUUAGAUAUUCUGCUGCGUCUUUGAUGACUUGCAUCAAAAUUUGUCCUGUACUCUAGUUGAAAACUCUGAGUUUGUGAAGCAGAGCAAGCUGGGUUGACAGUGUUUUAAACAAGUGCUGAUUUUGAUCCAGUUAUAAGGAUUAAAGGUUGUUUGAGAAAUUUCUACCAGGCUUACGCAGGAUUCUUUUGCAUAUAUUCAAUCAUACACUCAGAAGGAGUUUAGACCAUAUAUAAUUUACAAGAUAUUAACAAAAUGGCGGACAAAAAUGAAAGACCAAAUGAAGACAAUUCAGCCAAGGCCCUGUUGUAUCGGGAUGAUUGUCUCCUACUUGCUGUGGGAAAACCGGGGGAAGAAACCUUAAAGGGAUGUAGCAAAAUGUUGCAAACAUCAACUGAUAUUAUGCUGCGGGACAGCAAUGAGGAGAGGUUCACAUUCCAGUAUGGUCCGUGUAAAGGAGACCCAAGUUUCUGUGAACAGGUUGCUGGCUUCCUCACUGAGGAAUAUGGCACAAAGGUAGACAGCAGUGACAUCAUGGUGUCGGCAGGUGCUACACAGGGGCUACACCUGGUUGCCACAGUGAUGUUUAACAAGGACACACCCAUCUUCAUUGAAGACCCAACCUACUUCAUCGCUGUCAAGAUUCUACGAGAGGAUUUUGGCAUGAACAUUAUACCAGUUCCUACAGACAUGGAAGGUAUUGAUGUUGCUAAACUUGAGUCUCUCCUGGAAAUUUAUAAGCCGAAGACCACAGGGAAAGCUGGCAGUCAGUUCUGGUCGAUGGUUUACACUAUUCCCACAUACAACAACCCUAAAGGCUACUGCAUGUCACCUGAGCGAUGUCGAGCCCUGGUUAAACUAGCCAGGAAGUAUGGUGUUAUGUUGUUUGCGGAGGACGUCUACAAUAUGCUGCAUUACGAUGACAAACCACAGUGUCCUCCAAGACUCCUGCAGUAUGACGAUAGGUCAGACCCUGACUACGAAGGUCAUGUGUUGUCCAACUGCACUUUUUCCAAAAUCCUCGCCCCAGGCUUAAGGCUGGGCUGGAUUGAAGCUCCACCAAGGAUCAUGAAAUGUUUGGAAAAGAGUGCCACUGCAUGGAGCGGGGGGUCAUUUAACCACUACACAUCCAAACUGAUGGCCGUGGCUUUGCAGGAAGGACUUCUGCAGAAACACCUGACAUGGCUUAGGAAAGAAUAUAGGGAAAGAAUGGACCUAGCCUGUAACACACUUGAGAAGCACCUGCCAGCUGGAGUCAAGGUAGACAACCCACAUGGUGGCUUCUUUAUCUGGCUACAGUUACCUCCCUCAAUUGAUUCUAUGGAGCUGUUGAAACUUGCCGUACAGAAGUACAAAGUCAACUUUAUAUUUGGGGCAAGUACAUCGCCAACAGAUGGAUGUAAGAACUGCGCCCGUCUGUCCAUCAGCUUCUGUGAAAAAGCAAGCUUGGAGAAAGGGGUAGUUAACUUCUGCCACGCCCUCAAUGAAAUGUUAGAAGAAAAGCAAACUUGAGAGGGUAUGCGACAAUGUUGGAAAGUGUUUUAAAUACCAUUAAAGGAUAUAUUCAGGGAGCACUUUAAUCACUCAGUUUAUAAAAAUAUAAUUAUCUUGAUUUGGGUUAUCUGAGUAAUAGACUGAUUUCAUUGGCUGUUUAAAGUGUUUUUGAAUUUGAAUAGAAAUUGACCAAAUUUAAUAAUCAUUCUUGUUUUAAUUUAUUGAUUCAUACAACUAUUGUAUAUUGUCAAUCCAAGCAUAGAAUGAAUCAAUUUUCAAUAGCGUUACUAUUGGGUUUCGGCAAAAUAAAGCACUGUCUGUCACAUUUUCCAAUACUUAUUUAAAAGACAGAACUUUGAACUUUUGUUGCAACCAUUUUGUUCACUUUUCAAACAAAAUGAAAAAAAAAUCUAACCCAAUUAUACGUGAAUGAGUCCCUUUAAAUGAUGGAGAAAAGGGGAUGUGUUCAUGUAUACUGGAGGAAAGGGGAUGUGUUCAUGUAUACGGGAGAAAAGGGGAUGUGUUCAUGUAUACUGGAGAAAAGGGGAGGUGUACAAUUGUAUACUGGAACACUUCCCCACCCACUUGCCCUGAUACCAUCUUGACAAGAUAAAGCAGUUCACAAGAUUUACUUUACAUUUUUGGUAUAACCAUUAAGUUUAAUCAUUUUACCUUUAUGUUAUAUUUUUUGGUGAUACAUUUUUGUAUCAUUUGAGAAGAUAUAGCAAAAAGGAUAUUAUCAUUGAUUGUCUUUUCUAGGGGGCUAUUCAUCAAUAGUUAUAGAAGCUAUUUUGAUCUAGGAGAGCUAUCUAACAGUUAUACUUUACAAUUGAAACACAUCUGUGGGACCACUCUAGGUGUUAUUCAUUGCAGGUAUUGUGGCAUUUAUGGUACAAAAUAAUGCUUUAGUGAAUAUCAACCGAUGGGUGUAAAACUACCCCUUUGACUUUAAAAUUGUGUUUAAGUAACACUUGGGGAUGUGACAGGUUUCAGCUAUAAUGCAGCCAUUUUAGGGUGGGGGCAGACUUUUAUAAACUGAGCAACAACAACAACAAUGUUUAAAAACAAGGAUUUCCUAGAUACAAAAUUGAUCCUAGAAUUGUUGAUGAACCCACUCGAGAUCAUGUUGUACUGUGAUGGUUAUCUGUUUGAAUUUUUUAAACUGAUUUAUUUAAUUUCAGAUUGAUUCGUAUGUUGUGGUGUGUUAACUCAGAUAUGCUGUAAUUAAUGUAUAUGCAUGUAUAAGUAAUCAGCUAUAGGGAAAUUCAUGGAAAGUGCCGAUGGAUAGUUAUUUUAAAGCUUUAGUGAUUAAAUAGUUUAAGACUGUUGUACAUGUAUUAUGAUAUUAUUGACAUUCUUCAUGAUGUCCAACUUUACUGAUUGCCCAGUUUGGUGAUAAAUUCAUGUUUUUCAUUAUUUUGGUUUGUGUUUUGAGCAAAUCCUAGUCAGAGUUUUCUUCCGCAUUCAUAGGGCCUAAUUGCCAUGAUUGCUUUGAAAUUGUUGUUGUGUGAAGGAUUUAUUUUUCUAAAUAUAAUUUUUGUUUUAUUAUAUACCAGACUUGCUAUAUCUUUAUGUUUUUUAGAAAGUAUAUUCAGAUUACAAUUUUAGUAUGUCUUCCAUUUUUGGAUGUACUGCAAAUCUUUGCAGACCACUGACAUAUAGGGGUGACUUUGUCCAGCGUCACCAGCAUCCUCAUUGUCAGCAUGAUUUCGUUUCCAAUUUUUAAGUUUUUAAUAAAAUCUCAGUUUGGAGUCUUCACACUCUGUAUGCACAUUAUACACGGUCAGUAGAUGAUCACUGUUGAUUUUGGAGUCAGAAGGUCAAAGGUCAACUUUUACUAGAAAAACUAUUAGCAAUAACUUUUGAAUGACUUGGUGCGGAGUUUUCAAACUUGGUAUGUGCAUUGAUCAUAAAACACUGUAAAACUCAUUGGUCUUUAGUGAUAAAAACAACAAGAAAGAAUAUGAUUUAGGUAAAGAUUAAGAGAAAUAAACUUUUAUAGAAAGAAAUGUUAAUUAAUAGCUACGUGGCCACAAAUUCUUCAGUUAUAAAACCCCAAAAUAUCGCUAGUAUUUUUUUGUCCAUACUGUUUUCAUGUUUCUGUUUUGAUCAUUAAGUUCAAUGAGUUAAACAUGAUAAUGUUAUGAAUAAUUAUAUUUUUAUUUACAUCUACCUAUAUUGUGCGCCUUUAAGGGUCACUUUUUAUUUAUUAUCCCAGUCAGAACUCAAGGAAAUGUUCACAUAAUUUUAUUCAUUAUAUAUACCGGAUAUCACUCUUGUCCCAAUAUAACCCGAUGUUUGACUGGAUAUUUCUGUAAGAACUCAUCAGAAUAGGUUUUUGUCAGAAUUCAUUAGGUCUAUAUAUCAGUUUUAAGCUUGACUAUUUGAAGAAUAAGGAGGGCUAUACUACUCGCCCCAGCGUCGGUGUCGGCUUCCGGUUGAAGUUUUUAGGCAAGUUGGGAUUUUCACUUAUAAGUCCAAUACCCUUCAUUCAAUUGACUUAAUACUUCACACAGUUGUUCAGGGCCAUCACAUGAUGAGGUUAGAUAACUCCAUAUUAUCCUUUACACAGAUUAUGGCCCCUGAUUGACUAUGGAACUUAGGUUAGGUUGGGAUAUUUAUUAAUAACUUCUAUACCCUUCGUUCAAUUGACUUAAUACUUCACACAGUUGUUCGGGACCAUCACACAAUGAGGUUACAUAACUCCAUAUUAUCCUUUAUACAAGUUAUGGCCCCUGAUUGACUUAGGUUUAAGUUUUAGGGCAGGUUAAAGUUUUAGGGCAAGUUGGGAUUUUCACUUAAAAGUCCAAUACCAUUUAUUCAAUUGACUUAAUACUUCACAAAGUUGUUCAGAGCCAUCACAUAAUGAGGUUAGAUAACUCCAUAUUAUCUUUUAUACAAAUUAUCGCCCCUGAUUGACUAUGGAACUUUGGUUAAAGUUUUAGGGCAGGUUUGGAUAUUUAUUAACAACUUCUAUACCCUUCUUUCAAUUAACUUAAUACUUCACAUUAUUGUUCAGGACCAUCACCCAAUGAGGUUACAUAACUCCAUUAUCCUUAAUACAAGUUAUGGCCCCUGAUUGACUUAGGUUAAAGUUUUAGGGCAAGUUAAAGUUAAGGGCAAGUUGGGAUUUUAAUAAAAACGCUUCUAUACCUUUCAUUCAAUGCACUUAAUAAAAUUCAAAAUUAUUUAUGACCAUCUUACAUCAAGAAACAUAACUCCAUUUUAACCCUUUAUUUGUAAAUACAAAUUAUGGCCCUUGAAUCUUUUUCUUUUCUUUUUUUAAAUUUUAUUUUAAUUUCUUUUGAAAGGCAUAUUUGUAUAUUCUUAAACACAUUUUCAUAAUUGGAAAUCAAGUUAUUUGAAUGACUUGCGUCAUUGUUCGGGCAGGCUGGUGGGAGGGCAUCAUCAAAGUCACCUUAUUUAUCGCAUAAUUUUAGUUAGGUUUGACAUAAAGAGACCAAACUUGGUAAUAUUACAUCGUUAUUGUAUUUACUUCUAAGUCAAAGCAGCGUAGUCGAGCGCGCUGUCUUACGACAGCUCUUGUUUUAUUAACUUACUAGCUGACACGAAGAUGAUUGUUGACUCUUGUCUGGAGUGUUAAAUUAUUCAAAUGCACAAUGUGAUAUGACCCUUGUCCUCUGUCAUAUGUUCUCUCAUACAUCUUGUAUGUUUACAGAUCAUUCUAUAUUUUAAUAAAACCUUAUUCAGA